CUUAGUGGUCGUCUCACCAGCAGCCACCAUCCGGUAACGUUAGGUAGUUUAGCGUCAAGCUGGCUAAGAAGCUAACCCACAGAAAUAUCUUGUGUUUUUCGCUUGAAACAUACUGAAGGUAGCAGUCGUCCGAGUGACUAAGUCGAAGGCCUGGUUGAAGAUGCAGUUCAUGCUGCUGUUCAGCCGGCAGGGAAAGCUGCGGUUACAGAAGUGGUAUGUGCCUCUGUCCGACAAGGAGAGGAAGAAGAUCUCCAGAGACCUGGUGCAGACCAUACUGGCCAGGAAGCCCAAGAUGUGCAGUUUCUUAGAAUGGAGGGACCUCAAGAUUGUGUACAAGAGAUAUGCGAGCCUGUAUUUCUGCUGUGCAGUAGAGGAUCAGGAUAAUGAGCUGAUCACCCUGGAGAUCAUCCAUAGAUAUGUGGAGCUGCUGGACAAAUACUUUGGCAGCGUGUGCGAGUUGGAUAUUAUCUUCAACUUCGAGAAGGCCUACUUUAUCCUGGACGAGUUCCUGCUGGGCGGAGAGGCCCAGGAAACAUCCAAGAAGAACGUGUUAAAGGCCAUCGAGCAGGCUGACCUGCUACAGGAGGAGGCUGAGGCGCCACGGAGCGUUUUAGAAGAAAUUGGGCUGACAUAAAUCCUCAUGCUGCUGCCUCACAGUUCUUUCUCCCAGAUGCAGAUCUGGCAACCUCCAUGUCUCUAUCCCGUCUUCUCCUGUUCACUGUGUCAGUGUUGUAUGUGUAUAAUCACCAUCUAUGUACUGUAUUAUUCUGUACUGUACUAUCCUGUAAUGUCCUUUGAAUGUGGUGCCAACUGUGGUUUUAAUGUGUCCCCUAUGUACAAGCUCCCUCACUGUAUUUUGCAGUACUAUUGGCAUACUUCACUCCCUUAACUUCUUAAAACUCCACAGAGUACAAUGUAGCGACAAUAUAAAAACUCCAGCAUCACAUCAAUGUCAUCCAUCAUCACCGAAUGCAGAGUUGUGUGCGCUGACUUUUUGGCUUAAAGGACUUUUUAAGGUGCUGUUGUAGCUGCAGUUGGUGCAUCCCGUACAAGUCACAGAGCUAAGUGUCUGAUUUCAUGAAAAAUGAAUACUCUGUGAUCUUUGAAAAAUCCAGGUCGUUCAAUAAAACUUAAAGCUGUUAAGGUAUUUCCUGAAUCCUCAGACUCUCCUACCCGCAUCUGGAUGAUAAAAAGGUUUGUAACUUGUUUCUUAGGUUGACUUUGUCCUAAUCCAGGUAGGCAGAAAUGGCAUAUGUCCUUGCUCUUCUAGCAAAACAGAAAAAUAUUAAAACAUAAUUUGUUUGUAUAUAUAAAAUACAGGAAAUAAUCAUCUAUAUAGUAGUUGAACUGAUAAAAGUUUCAAAUUUGGUUCCCAUACAAAAUGAGCAAGGAGAAGUCAUUUUGUGCUGUGAACUCUCGAUUAGAUAACAGGCACAACUUGAGAAACGGUUUAAAAGUCUUUAUUUUCCGUGGAGCGGAAAUAACUUAUUUUCAUCCAGAUGGUUAGGAGUCUCUUUGAGUGUUACUAAGUGUUUUUUUUUUAAGAUCAUCAAGUAUUUUUUUCAGAAGACCUGAUGAUUAGUUCUGUGACUCAAAUGUAAUGGUAAUCAUGAGGCACCAACUGGGACUCGUGCUGUUAUGGGAAUCACUGACACCAAUUAAGUGAGAUUUAACAAUUACUUGCAAUUGAUAUCAGUUAUAUCAGUGCUAAAUAGGUUUGUUCGGUGAUUCUCCUCCAGAAUCUUUUUUCAUAUUUACUUUUCAAGACUUAUCGUUUACCUUUGGUAAACACGAGCUGUUUUGUGUAAUUAAUGUUCAUGUUUGUUGAAAUUGUCUUCUGUUCUUUAUUUUUCAGACAAUUGACUAAUUUUCCUGACAAAAAAUAUAUAACACUGAAGCUUGUAAUGGCCUCUGAAGAUAGGUCUUAGGUCAGGAUAGGAUAGUGACCUAAAUAAAAGACACACUAUUUUAUGUAUUACAAAA